UAGCGUCGCAGCGUCGGAGAGCAGCGGAUCAGGAGAUGGCGGAGUCUCAGCUGGUGUGCAUGGACGAUGAGCACGUUAACGAAAAGAUCCCGGAGACCAAACCGGAGUUUUACUACAGCGAGGAGCAGCGCGCGGCUCUGGAGCAGCUCCUGAAGAACGGGGACGGUGCGUUCAAGAUGCGUCUCAAAGAGGACAACAUCAAGGACUUCCUCUCCGCCAAGGAGGUCAGGUGCAUCCGAAAAACCUUUCAGGAGUACGACACGGACAGUGACGGUGAGUCCGGAGAGCAUGAGAAGUCCAAGGAGUCCUCCAGCGCGGACUCCGGGGUCCACUCCACCUACUGGCCCCAGAUGUCCGACACUGAGGUCCCGUCUCUGGACAUCGGCUGGCCCGGUAGCAGCGGCGUCUAUAAGGGGGUGACCCGGGUGUCCGUGUACUCGCACCCACCCAAGGAGCCCGGGCCCCACAUCAAGGAGGUGGUGAGGAGGCUCAUACAGGAGGCACACAAGGUGGUGGCUAUAGUCAUGGACCUCCUGACAGACCUGCAGAUCCUCCAGGACCUGCUGGAUGCCUCGUCGCGGCGCGGGGUGGCUGUCUACACUUUGCUGGAGGCCAGGGGAGUGCCCCACUUCCUGGAUAUGUGCACUCGUCUGCAGAUUAAUGCGGUGCAUCUGCGGAAUCUCCGUGUGCGGAUGGUGAGAGGUUCAGGGCUGGCCCUGUCGUUUGGAAAGCUGCCCGGGUCCCUGUGCUCCAAAUACAUGCUGGUGGAUGGAGAGAAAGUCAUGUUCGGGUCUUACAGCUUCACCUGGAGUUCCUCCCGGAUGGACAGGAACACGAUCACCGUGAUGACGGGACAAAUUGUUGACUCCUUCGACAAUGACUUCAGGGAGUUGUACGCCAUCUCUGAGCAGGUGGACCUCUACAAGGAGUUCAACAUCACCAAGCCACCUAUUGCUAUGCCCAUUAGGAAGCCAAAGGUGGAGAAAAUCCAGCCUCUGCCCAUCUCCACGUCUCGUUUUCAAGUAUCUGUCGGGGACUCCAGACAGGCCGACCUAAGGGUACCUGCACAUAAAUAUCACAAUCCUAAGUACUCUUUAGUUUUUGGGAACCGUAUGGGCCUCACAGGUUCCCUACAAGACCUGUCUACCAUGAAUACCAUGAACGACUCUCUGACUGGUGGGCUGCACCAUGGGAACGGGCUGCAGAACAACAUCCUUCAUGCCAGCAGGAACAGCAGGGAGGUGUUGGAGCGAGUCCCCCCACAGAGUCCUGCUUCACCUGCAGAGGAAGAGGAUGGAAAGGGGGGCUUGAAGAAGAACCAGGUAGCUGCAGUGAAGAAACAACGAAGCUCCUUCAGGCACUUCCUGAAAGGCAGAGGAGCCAAUCACACCACAGAGACUAUACAGGAGGACGUGGUCACUCCUCAGAGCCCCUUCUCCCCAACUAAGGUGCCAGAGACUAAUGGUGUCGCAGGAAAUGAGGUGGAGGACUCGUUUGAGAUCAUUGAUAAACCUGGUCCACUGAAAACCAAAACCAAGAAACCCUCAAAGGUCAUCCAGAGAAGUAUGUCUCUGCAGACCAUCAACACCGCAGACGAAGACGGAUCUAAAAGCCGCCGGCGGCAUCAAAAGAAGAACUGCAUCCAGUCAUGAGAUCAAAAGCAAGAGAACAGUGUGUCUUUGGAGUUAUAAAGAGGAGCCACAGGAUCUCCUGGUUAAACAUGCUGAGUCACAGUAUCACCUUACUGUAACCAGGUGACAUUACUUCAGUCAGCGUCUCCAGCCUGUUACACUUAAGGUGAAAGUCCUUACAGGGGACUGCUGAUGAGACGUUGUAGUUUAACUAAUCAUGUGAGGAAAAAACUCCAUCAGAGAAUCUCAACAUUGAAGCCAAAAUGCUGAUGGGGGGAGAUUUCAUCGCCAUUAUUUUAGUUUCUCUGUUUUUUGUACUAAAUUAUUUGUGUUUUUUAUAUUGUAUGCUUAACCCCAUCACCAUGAGCAGCCCAGGCUGUGACCCAGGUCGUGUGGGUGGAUUACAUCACACCUGGUUGCUGUGGAGACACGCGAAGUGAUCAGUUGUGCUUGUUGUCCCUGAGUGCCGCCUUACAGAGGACCCUUGGCAACAGAAUAAGUGUUCGUCAGAGUGUGUUGUACAGGCUGUGAAUAAUGAACGCCGCGCUGAGUGGUGUGGUGUUGACACAGGCCUGCUUUGUUUCUACACCGCCAGGUGAGGACUUUGUAUGUUUGCACUUUGGGUUUAUUCAGGUGGGACUGGCAGAGAUUAAAAUGUGAAUCCUUGAGAACCACUCGAAAUGCAAAUAAUUCUAAUUCUGUAGCAGAAAUUGAAUAAAAGACAUGAAAACAGCAGAUAAAAAA